AUGAACACUCUCCGAGCCGUCAGCAGACUUGCGAUUCGUGCGAGGCCCGCCAGGUCUUUUGUCAGGACCUAUGCCGAUGCUGCAGGACCGGCUGAUAAGAUCCGGUUGUCAUUGACGCUACCGCACCAGACUAUCUACAAGGCCUCAGAUGUCGUCCAGGUCAACAUUCCCGCCGAAUCCGGUGACAUGGGUAUUCUUGCCAACCACGUCCCAUCCAUUGAGCAGCUCCGACCUGGUCUCAUGGAGAUCAUCGAGGAGGGCGCCGGCGGCAGCAAGCAGUUCUUCCUUUCCGGAGGAUUUGCUGUUGUCCAGCCAGACUCCCAGUUGAGCGUCAACGCUGUUGAGGCUUACCCUAUUGAGGACUUCAGCGCUGAGGCCAUUCGCGCUCAGUUGGCCGAGGCCAACAAGGUUGCCAGUGGUUCUGGAAGCGAGCAGGACAUCGCCGAGGCCAAGAUUGAGAUUGAGGUGCUCGAGGCUCUCCAGGCUGCGAUGAAAUAG